UCAAAAAUGGUGGACGUCAAAGUUUGUAUACAGUAAACUGUCUCUGAAAGUGCUGUUUACAUUAUGCCAAAGUCAUGGAUUGCAUGGGACAAUGGAAACGAUGGAUUCGUCCUGGUUUUAUAGCAAUAUAUUUCAUUUUAGCGAUAAUAGCUCUGCCAUUGUGUAUAAUUGAACUACACAGAGAAGGGGCACCAACCCACGUCCAAGCAUGGUUUGCCGGCGGGAUAUUCGUGAUGUGCGCGGUACCCAUAUCACUGUGGGGUAUUCUUCAGCAUCUUGUCAACUACACACAACCACACCUUCAGCGACACAUAAUAAGAAUUCUUUGGAUGGUCCCAAUUUAUGCUUUAAAUGCUUGGUUUGCGCUUCGUUUCCCCGACGCAGCCAUCUAUCUGGAUACUGUGAGAGAGUGUUAUGAGGCCUACGUCAUCUACAACUUCAUGGCCUACUUACUUAGCUCCCUUUGGGAGGAACAUCCUCAGCUUGACCUUGUCCUCAGGGACAAGGAACAAGUGCGACACCUCUUUCCUAUCUGCUGGCUUCGUCCCUGGCCCAUGACAGGGAAACUAAUUGAUCGUUGUAAACAUGGAGCCUUGCAGUAUACAGUAAUCAGGCCUGUCACAACAGUAAUAGCAUUGAUAUGUGAAAGUUUUAACAAAUAUGAUGAAGGACAGUUUAACUUCACAUCAGCCUGGUCCUAUCUGGUCAUAAUAAACAACAUAUCACAAAUUUGGGCAAUGUACUGUCUGGUCCUGUUCUACAAAGCUAUGAAGGAAGAGUUAGCUCCCAUUAAACCAAUUCCGAAGUUCCUCUGUGUUAAAUUUGUCGUCUUCUUCUCAUUCUGGCAAUCAGUGAUAAUUGCUGCUCUGGUGGAACUUAACGCCAUCCCAUCUAACGGAGAAUGGAUAUACUAUAAGAAUGUCGACCAAGCCGCCGCAGGACUGCAGGAUUUCUGCAUCUGUGUGGAGAUGUUCCUGGCAGCCAUUGCUCACUACUACUCUUUCUCACACAAGCCAUUCGUCGACUCGAACUUUGAGGGACAGAGCUGGUGGCAGUCCUUCAGGUCUAUGUGGGAUGUCUCGGACAUGAAGGAUGAUGUCGUGGAACACGUCCGAGUCAUAGGUAACAAGGUAAAAAAGACUGUGAGUAAACCAUUACUUCGUGACAGAAGUGAGCGGACCCCACUCCUCACAGAAUCUAAAGAUAGCUACACACAAGGUAGUACUUCGUCUAUGAAUAAUGACCCCACCGACUGGGACACAGCUUCACUUGAGACAGCGUCCAGUCUGCGUCCAGCCUUCAACGCAACCGACAGCAUGAACAACUACAUUGUGUUUGGUUCCAGUUCUGAACACCUGGAGGCAGCACCAAAAGCUGGAGAACAGGAUGGCCAAGAAGAGUUUAAGGGUCACAAGGUCGAAGUUCAUAGGUCAUCUAAUUAUAUCUCAGUGACAAGUGAUAAUUUAGCUGUGAGUAAAAACACAGAAAAUACUGAUUUAAUGUUAGUAGAUGAUAGCCAGACAACAGCAGCUAAUAUCAACAAGAAACAGGACACACAGACAGACAUAUCUGCUGACCAAUCACAGGACACACAGACAGACAUGUCUGCUGACCAAUCACAGGACACAAAGACAGACAUGUCUGCUAACCAAUCACAGGACACAAAGACAGACAUGUCUGCUGACCAAGCAGGAAAUAGUGUUUUAAAACCAGGCAUAUCGACAAAAGAAUCAGAAGAAAAACUGUCCGAUAAUUUAGUCGAGGAGCAAGAGAAUUAUGACAAUAACUCUCUCACUGUUAAUGCAUAAUAACAUUGUAUUUUAUUAAUUGUUUAAAGAGAUUCACUUCAUACCUUAAAUCUCCGAUGAUGCUAUGCUGCUACACAUAGCUGGUAUAUCCCACUGGCGUUUUAUCUUCAGGUGUAAGUCACAUCUUCUGUUGUUAGGGGCCAACAACUUGAGCUAACUGUGGCAUUUUAUCUUCAGGUGUCUGUAAGUCACAUCUUCUGUUGUUAGGGGCCAACAACUUGAGCUAACUGUGGCGUUUUAUCUUCAGGUGUAAGUCAAAUCUUCUGUUGUUAGGGGCCAACAACUUGAGCUAACUAUGGCGUUUUAUCUUCAGGUGUAAGUCACAUCUUCUGUUGUUAGGGGCCAACAACUUGAGCUAACUGUAGCGUUUUAUCUUCAGGUGUAAGUCACAUCUUCUGUUGUUAGGGGCCAGCAACUUGAGCUAACUGUAGCGUUUUAUCUUCAGGUGCCUGUAAGUCACAUCUUCUGUUGUUAGGGGCCAACAACUUGAGCUAAAUGUGCCAUUUUAAAAAUCUGUAUCCUGACGCGUCCAGCAAAACAGUCAGUGCUGAAUUAUAAAGUACAGUGCUUAGCUUAACAAGCUAUACAAACAGAGUGAUUUUGUUACCAUACACUGUAAAUAUUUAACCUCCAUUUGGAUAGGCUCAAAUGUAACUUUGUUACUCGGAAAGAAAUUACCAAAAAAAUGUUCAAAAUUUGGUUCUGAUAUGUGCUUAUUUUCCUCAUGGGACCAUUUUGUAUCUCGAACAUUUUGUGUGAAUUAUUUUUCAUGAAAAGUCUGUGAUUCUGACCCUGUUUUAAAUGAGAAAAUACACAAUGUAUCCAUGCUAUUUGUGUGAUAGGUUUGUGUGACUUUUACAUCUAUUAGUAUUAAUCUUAGCUAGCACGUAUAGCACUGCUACUUGUGUGUAGAUAGAGGUACAGCACGGUUGUUUUUAUCUACUUGUGUGAAGAUAGAGGUACAGCACAGUUGUUUUUAUCUACUUGUGUGUAAAUAGAGGUACAGCACGGUUGUUUUUUUAUCUACUUGUGUGUAGAUAGAGGUACAGCACGGUUGUUUUUAUCUUGCCCAGUUUGUCUUCAUUGCUGGAAAGAAAGUGUAGUUUUGUUAAUGCAUAAUUAAGCUUGUGUGCCAAGAUAAAAGUCGGCUAAUAUUUGUUUUAACUGAUGCAAUAUUCAGGGAUAUGUUAUUUUCAUUGAAAAUUAUCACUUAUAUUGUUUUCUUUUUGAACUUAGAUAAUUAUUUGCUGACACAGCUUUGAUUUCAGAAUUUCCAUCAUAUAGUGAUUUUCAAAUUUAUGAGCUCAAGGUGCCAGUUUAUUUUUAAAAAAUCUUGGUUUCUGAUUUCAAAAUCAAGGAAUAUAAGACUGAGCGAUAUCAGUUUUGGUACAUGCUUUCAUGUUGUUUAACCCACCUAUGUGUUGUUUAUACAAUGAUAUUGUCUGUCUAUGAAUGCUGAAAUAACAUGGGUGUUUUAUGCUGGUUUGUUAUAAAUAUAAUCAAACCUUCCGUCAUAAAGAUGGUGUUGGUCUCUUCAUGUUUAAUGAUAAUUAUAUUUCAUGAUGAUUGUUGUUGAUUCUAAUACUGUUGUCUAAAAUGUGUGCUCAGACCCAUUAUAGAACAGGUGUGUCUGUGUUGUUGAUCUAUUAAUGAAUUAAAAUUCUCCCAAAUAAGUCAACAAUUGAACAGCAACCUGAAAAAUAAAUGUUCACAAACAUUUUUGCUAUUUCCAGUAUCUGGUUCUUGUGUUUAUGUUGUCACACCGUCAUCUGAGGUCAACGACCUUUUCAUUAGCCAAUGAGAUUACUUCUCAUGAAAUCCCAAAAGUGAAAAAUCAUUUAAUUCAAAAGUGUAACCAGACAUGACCUUGACACAAGUUGAGUCAGUUUGAUAUUGAUAUAAGGACCAGAUAUAGGACUUUAGAUUCAGCUGUACUUGACCAGACCAUAGAUCAGUGUUAAAGGUGUUUUCCUGUGCUGAUAAGAUCUAGAUUUGAACAGUGAUAUAAUUUAUAUCAUGGAGAUUCUGUGACAUUAUUUUUCUAUUGAAGUUUAAUUUACAUUAGCUUUACAUGUGAUUGUUAUUGUUUUUUAACAAUUUACUUCAAUCUUUUCAAGUAUAAAGACAUAUCCAUGAAACUAAAACUUUAAUCAAAUA